GAGUUAUAAUAUCAAGUUCAGUUUAGCAUCUGAAGUGCUUGUCGAUCGAUUUCGUGUUGAGUUGGAUAGUGAGCUUAAACCUCCUGUGAACUGGAAUGACUCCAUACUUUUCAUGGAGACCUCCAUCGACUUCAGUGCCUUGAUCAUUAAGACCAAUGUAUCGGGGAUUGUCAGACUCAUUCCUUCUCUAGCUUUUGAGUAUCCUGGAGUCCCACUAUUGAUAUUUGCUUUAAAAGUCGUGAAGCCUGGUUAUCUGGGCUUCCUCAGUUGCAAAUACAGACUUUGUUAUGCUCUUGCGCCGGUUGAUAAAAUGCCCAAUCAUGAUUAUUUGACUGAAGAAGCCCAAAAGAUUGGGUUUUGGAGCGAUUUUGGGAGAACACACACGGCAAUAGUUCCCCCUCUCCCCACCCUGCCUCCGGAGCCAUACAACAAGGAUGAUGAUGAUGAAGAUGAGAAUAUGGACAUGUUACACGAUUAUGUAUUACUUUAA